AUGCCCCAACAAAAAUCUCACUUUGUUUCGGAGGGCAGCGAGCAGCGCAAAAGAUUUCUUUGCCUACACGGCAGCCGGCAGGAUGGCGAACUCUUCUCACAACGCCUGCGGACCCUCACAAAGAAGCUAUCCGGCAUCGCGGACCUCCAUUUCACGAAUGCCCCCCACGAGCUGCCCCUCAUGGAGGGCCAGAGUGUGGCCAUGAGGGCCUGGUGGCGACAUUUGAAUCUAUCGAAACAAAUCCUGGAUCCAGAUCUGGACCCUUAUGAGGAUUCCGAUUCAAAUCCAGAUUCACCUUCGGACCCUUCACGCGUCAGCAGCGGAGGCGGAGGAGGCGGCAAGGGGGGCGGCGGUGAGGAAGCUAAAGCUGCCGCGGCGCGGCAAGAAAGCAGCGGGGUGGCGGCGGUGACGACGACGGCGACGGUGGCGGCGCCAGUUGACGGUUGGGACGAGCAAGUCAUCAGGGACUGGCAGGCGUCGUUGCAGUGGUUCGCCUCAUUCCCUCAUCCUCGGUGCAUUGCAGGCCAGCAUCUCGCCACUGAGUGGCGCUCCAGGGGACCCUUCGACGGAGUACUGGGCUUCUCGAACGGAGCGGCGGCGGCGCUGCUGCUGACGUGUCACGCGCUGACAGACCCGGAGACCUUCCCUGGACUCAAGUUCGUCAUCCUGGCGGGAGGGUACGUCCCGCAGCCCCUGGAGCGACUGACGCCGCCGGGGCUUGCUGCUGGUACGGCUGGUACGGCAUCCGGGGCGCCACGUGAAGGCGACGGAGGAGGAGGCGGUGACGGCAGGGUGGUAGCAGCGCCGGCUGCCCGCCUGGCGACGCCGCUGGCGCUGCCGUCGCUGCACUUCGCCAGCCCUGCCGACCGCGCCGUGCCGUACAGUGCUUCGCUGGAGCUGUCGGAGUGCUUCUGCACCGUUGACCGAACGUUUGUGGAGCACCCGCUGGGGCACUGUCUGCCGCAGAAGGCAGGGUACAUCGCGGUGGUGACAGAGUUCGUACGGCGCUGCUGCAGCGGCGGCGGCGGCAAUGGCGCGGCGGCCUCCGACGGCACCGCGGCGGCCGGCAAUGCCCGCCGCCGGAGCGGCGCGGCGGCGGCGGCGGCAGCUCCUACUGGUACAUCUACUGCUUCACCACCUGCCAACGCAGCUCACCCCACCGCCCCGGUUGCGGUGGCGUCGCCGCCACCGCCGCCACUGCCUGCAUCUCCGCCCUCGGCGGCAGCAGCUGUCGCAGCGGUUGAGGCCAGUGACGAGCAGCGGGAGGAAAUGGAUGCACUGGAGGCCAUCUUCAUGGACGAGUAUCGCCCCAUCAGCACUGCCCCGCCCCGCUUCACGAUCCACCUGAGGGAGCCUGGAUCCGGAUCUGGCGGCGGCGACAGCGGCGGUGGCGGCGGCGGGGAGUGCGACGCGGGCGGGCCCCUGGGCGGCAAUGACCCCCGACGUCAUACCCUCGCCGCCCACAUCGCCACCACCUCAAGAGAGGCCGUGGAGAGCUCCGGUGUGGGCUGUGUGUUUCAGGUGGUGGAGGCGGCCAAGGAGUGGAUUGACACCCACCUGCCGCCGGACGUGGGGGAGCGGAGGGAGACGGCGGCACCAGUAGCAGCGGCGGCGGCAGCGGUGGCGGCUGCCGCCGCCGGCCCCGCCGUGAUGAACCUCGGCUGGGGCGCGACGGCGCUUGGCGUGGCGGCAUCCACAGAAGCAGUGGCGUUGGCGGAUGCGGAUACAGAAGCAGCGUCGGCGCUGCAGUGGGGCGAGGCGGACGCGGCAGGGGCUACUGCUACAGCGGCGUCCUCACCCGGCCCAGACGGCGGUGGCGGUGUUGCUGGUGGCGGCAGUAGCGAGUGGACUCAGCGGGGGCGGUGGGACUACGUAGUGGGGCUGGUGGGGAAGCCCAGCGCGGGGAAGAGCACCUUCUUCAAUGCGGUGACGGACCCCGCCAGCGACGAGGACGGCGCCCGGGUGGCGGCCUUCCCCUUCACCACCAUAGCGCCCAAUGUGGGCCGGGGCUACUGCUUGGUGCCCGACCCGGCGCCCCUGCUAGGGCUGAGGACAGAGCAGUGCAGACCGCUUCACGGCUACGCGGAGUCCUUCAGCCUGGAGGGCCCUAUCACCGACCCACGGGUCACCAACGUGGACCCCCUCCGGCGCUGGUGCCCGUACUGGUCAAGCUGGGUUCGCGAGGAGCUUCACCGCUGGGUGUACGACAACGUACGAGCGAAGUGGGUGUAUGUACUGCGCAAGCCCUCGCGGCUUCCGGAGCUAUUUUCCGGUUAUCAUGCGAGUCGGGCGUUGGUAGCUGAGGUGCUGUCCAGGGUGGGCGUGUCUGUGGGUUCACUGGUGGUGGAGGGGGCCUCCCUGGCGCAUUGGACUGAGGCACACCUGCACAGACUAGUGGCGCACUUCCUGCAGGCUCGCUUCCCCAUCUUGCUAGCGCUUAAUAAGGCCGAUAUGGCCUCCUCACCCGACCAUAUCGCCAGAGUACGACAAGCGCUGCCGUACGAUCCCGCCGUACCCGUAAGCGCCGCAACGGAGCGCUGGCUCUGCAACCAGCGGAGGGCGGGCCGGGUGUCGUACGCGGAUGCCGCCGGUGAUGUUGUCGCAAUUUCCGAUUCGCCGGAGCUGGCCCAGCAGCUGGCCAAGGUUCGGACCGCAGUACUGAGCAGGUACGGCAGUACGGGAGCGGCGCUGGCGCUCACGUGUGCGGUGGCGAUGCGGCCGCCACGUCCCGUAUUUCCGGUAACGGAUUUGGAGUCGUACACCGCCCUACCGGCCCGGGGCAUUGCCAGUGGGGCAGCCGGAUUGUUGGGCUCCGGUCUGGACGCCAAGGCCCGGGCAGCUGAGGGGGCUCAGCCCGGGGUCCUGAGGGACUGCGUGCUGCUGAAACCCGGGAGCCACAUCGCGGACCUGUUCGAGGUUCUAAAACGUCCGCCGUACCAAAUGCUGGAGGGUGAAUUUGUACGGGCGGAGUGCAGUGCGCUCACGAGCCCUGAGGCCGCAGCAGCCGCCGCAGCCGCCGCCGCUGCGGCUGCCGCCACUGCCGGCCACGCCACCGGCGACGGCGACGGCGACGCUGGCGGUUUGGCCCCCUCCUGCCCCAAACCCCCUUCGCAGCAAUCCUGGCGGGUGCUGAAGAAGGACGAGGUGCUGGAUUGGGGGUGCUGUGUGAUCAAGAUCAUGACCAACCGCAGGAGCCAUUGGCAAGGGAAGCGGUAG